AUGUCUGAUCCACCAAGUCUUGAGAAAGGAGAAUAUAUCAAUAGGCCACCAAGAUUCAAUGGACAGCAUUAUGAAUGGUGGAAGACAAGAACACAAGAUUUCAUCAUAGGACAUGACUCAGAGUUGUGGGACAUCAUCUGUGAUGGUUCUCACUCUCCUACGGAUGUUUGUGUGAGCAGUGUUGCAACAAAUCCAAAGAUAAAGGAUGAACAAAAUGAUGCUAAUAGGGAGAUAGUUCAAAAGGAUAUCAAAGCCAAAAACAUACUUAUUAGCAGUCUGGGAUCAGAAGAAUACAAUUUUAAUUUAUUGCCCAUUGAUAGUGAGUCAAUUUUUGAUAUGUAUGCUAGAUUCUCCUCAAUCAUUGACGAGCUUCGUUCUCUGGGUAAAGGAUAUGAGGAAGAGUCCCUUAACCGCAAACUAUUGUGGGCAUUGCCAAUAUCAUGGGAAAAGAAAGUGUGUACCAUAGUUGAAUCUGAAGAUUUGGCAAAUCUAACUCUUGAUGAGCUUAUAUACAAUCUCAAGACCUAUGAGCUAGAAACGAAAGAUGAAGAAAACAAGAAACGAAGAAAGAAGAAGAGGAAAGUUACCAAGGGUGAGAACAAAAAUAACCCAGGAAAUGAGGAGUCUGAAUUAACUCUUAUUACAGAGGAACUGUCGAAGAUAGGAUGCUGUCGCAGAAAUGCUCAAGAAGGAAAGGAAAAGAACCAGGUCCUGGUCGACAAGCUCAAUUCAAAACCUGUUGGUGACAUCAUGGUAGAAGAGGCUCUGGCUGCUUGGGAAGAUACUUCAGAAAAAUCUGAAGAUGAAAAUGAUGUUGUGGAGGCAUCCUCGAUGAUAUUGACAGGGAAGCUUCACGAUAUGAUUCCUUUCUUGCACUUGUGGCAAAAUCUGAAGAUGAGGAUGAUAAUGAGAUUUGUAAAUGAGAAAAACACUCUAAAUAAGGAAGCUGAUGUUUUAGAACAAGCAAGAGAUGAUAUAGCAGUCACUAUAAUGAAUCUAAGGGAACAAGUUGAGGAAUUGUCUAGAGAUAAAGCUCUGUUAAACAGCCAAAUGAAAAAAUGGAUAAACACGCCUUGGAGAAAACAAGAGGGGGAUGGCAGUAAGACUCAUCUUGAGAUUGAAAGCAAACUUGAAAAGGCCAGGAUGAGCCUCACUGAUGAAGUAGAUAAGAAUAGACUACUUCAAAAGGAGCUAAAACAAGUCAAAACUGAACUUAAGAAGUCACUCCUUUGGACCUUGCCCUUGGAUGAAACUACUGCUAUGCGCAAUGAUGGAUACUUGAUCUCUCUUAGUGAUGUAAAUGAGAAGGAUACUGGCUCUGAAGGCAUAUCACUAGAACUGAGAUUUGCAAGUUCUCUUCUGAGGAGGACAGAGCAAAAAGUUGAAACGAUGAUUCAAGCUGAGGAUAGCAAAUGA